CGUGACGUCACAACAGAUUGAGGUUCCUGUGAGGAAGCUAACCCACUAGCAGCGCCGAUAAACAACAACAAGGUUUUUCCUCUUCUUCUGUGAAACCAGCUCAUCUUCAGCCGAAGAAGAGACGCGACGCUCCGCCGCAGAGAUGCCGGAAACUGAGAGCUACUCCAACCCUUUGGCCCCUGAGGGCCAUGAGCUGGACGACCACAGAGCAGCUGCUCAGUCCAAACUGACCAAUGAUGACUUCAGGAAGCUGCUGAUGACGCCAAGGGCAACGCCCUCCUCGGCCCCGCCCUCUAAGUCCAGACACCAUGAAAUGCCGAGGGAUUACAACGAGGAUGAGGAUCCUGCAGCGAGGAGGAGGAAGAAGAAAAGCUACUAUGCUAAGCUACGUCAGCAGGAGAUGGAGCGAGAGAGAGAGCUGGCUGAGAAGUACAGAGACCGAGCGAGAGAGAGACGAGAUGGAGUCAACAAAGACUACGAGGAGACCGAGCUGAUUAGCACCACCGCUAACUACAGAGCUGUAGGACCCACCGCUGAGGCAGACAAGUCAGCAGCAGAGAAACGGCGUCAGCUGAUCCAGGAGUCUAAGUUCUUGGGAGGUGACAUGGAGCACACUCACUUGGUGAAAGGUCUAGACUUCGCUCUGCUGCAGAAGGUCAGAGCUGAAAUCACCAGUAAAGAGAGAGAAGAAGAAGACAUGAUGGAGAAAGUCCAGAAAGAGGCCAAGAAAGACGUGGAGCCGGAGGAGAAGAUCGAGUUCAAGACUCGUCUCGGGAGGAACAUCUACCGGGUGGUGUUCAGGACGGGUCAGGUGGAGAGGAACGAGCUCUUCCUGCCCGGCAGGAUGGCGUACGUGGUCGACCUGGACGACGAGUUCACCGACACCGACAUCCCGACAACUCUGAUCCGCAGCAAAGCCGACUGUCCGAGCAUGGAGGUACCGACGCUCAUUCAAAUUAAUUCUACAUGUAGCUACAGGGUUAGCAUUAAUGCUACUUGUAGCUACAUGGUCAAAUUAAUAGAACAUGUAGCUACAUGGUCAAAUUAAUAGUACAUGUAGCAAUAUGGUCACAUUAAUGCUACAUGUAGCUAUAUGGUCACAUUAAUGCUACAUGUAGCUAUAUGGUCACAUUAAUGCUACAUGUAGCUAUAUGGUCACAUAAAUGCUGCAUGUAGCUACAUGGUCACAUAAAUGCUGCAUGUAGCUACAUGGUCACAUAAAUGCUGCAUGUAGCUACAUGGUCACAUUAAUGCUGCAUGUAGCUACAUGGUCACAUUAAUGCUGCAUGUCGCUACAUGGUCACAUUAAUGCUGCAUGUCGCUACAUGGUCACAUUAAUGCUGCAUGUCGCUACAGGGUUAGCAUCAAUGCUGCAUGUCGCUACAGGGUUAGCAUCAAUGCUGCAUGUAGCUACAGGGUUAGCAUCAAUGCUGCAUGUAGCUACAGGGUUAGCAUCAAUGCUGCAUGUAGCUACAGGGUUAGCAUCAAUGCUGCAUGUAGCUACAGGGUUAACAUCAAUGCUGCAUGUAGCUACAUGGUCAAAUUAAUACUACAUGUAGCAACAUGGUCAAAUUAAUGCUACAUGGUCAAAUUAA